UCAAGACUUGACUCCAAAGAUCUCAUACAACUUCGUCCACCACACAUUAAACGUUUAGUGAGUUUUUCUAAUACACCACCUCCUAAACUUGACCUCAGUCCCAUUAAUUUGGUGCUCAUUUCCACGCUGGAUGGCAACCUGCACGGUGUCGACCGGUAUACUGGCAAAGUGUUGUGGUGCUUAGAAGGAGCUACGGGUGGCUCUUUGAUUAGAACUUUUACGCGACCUUCUACCAAGCAACCAAAUUCUACUAAAAAUACUGACCGAAAUGGUGAUGCCAUUAUUGACAUUGAAGUUGGCAAUGGCGCGCUUAACAAUAAUGACGAUCAAGGGAACAACCACCAAGAAUCAGAUGAUUCGCGCUUAACGAAACUGAAAGAUGAUACUAACGAAGAGGAUGACGAUUCGGAUAACGAUUCAGAUAAAAUUACGUAUAUCGUUGAGCCAAACAACGAUGGCAUAUUGUACAUGUUCUCUCCAAAGACAGGGCUUCAGAAAUUUCCAUACACCGUAAAGCAAUUAGUUAUGAGUUCACCAUUUCGUUCUACUGAUGGUAAAGUUUUCAUUGUUGGUAGUAAAUCUACAAAAUUCUUUGCUAUCGAUCCGGCGACAGGAAAGAUGCUUCAAACUUUCAGCAAUGAGGAUGACAAUGAAUGUCCUUCGGUAGGCGCAUUGCCAAGAGAUGCUUUGUACAUUGGAAUGAAUGCAUAUAAAAUCUCAAUAUUUGACGAACACGGUGUACCUAAAUGGAAUCUCACAUACACCGAAUAUGUGCCUAAUAGUUUUGAUGCUAAUAUUGAAGCAAAACAUAAAACUUCGCCCGAUGGCCUUUACAUUGCUUCCACUCAUAGUGGAGAAGUUCUUUCAACAGAUUCUACGUCAGGCCAACACGCUUGGUACCAGACGUUUUCCUCUCCUGCAGUGGGAAUCUUUGACGUGCUAGCAUCGAAGGAUUUACCUAGCGGUCUCCAUAUUGUUAGACAGCCUAAACCUUCCGCCACGUACUAUGAACACAUAAAAAAAUUGAAUUCACCUUCUCAUUUAUCCGCAUACAUUGGUGACGUUGACGGUACUUUAUUUGCUAUGUCGGUUGAAAACUAUCCGUUGACUCAGUUCAUGGCCUAUCGAAUUCCCGGUGGUAAAGUUGAAGAUCGAGAAUCGCCGGAAGAUGAAGAACGUUGCCACCCUGGAUCAAAAAAUUUUCCAUCAUGUUUGGUCGGAAAUCACAUAAUGGUCCCGUCCGAGCAACAUCGACCUGGUAUCGAAGGUCCUUCUAACAGAAUAAAUGACGAGAAGAUUAAAGUUUUUGAGCCAGAACGCCGAAGAACUGUAACACAAGUAGGAAUGUCAUGGGUUGCGGUUAUUCUAUUUUUUGGAAUAUUUUAUUGGAGUAGAAAAGAAGGAAACAACAUAAAGCCCUGGAUCGAGCGUAGUAUUGUAAACUUUAUGAAAUCAAGACUACCAGAAUUUCAACAAUUUAAUUCAUUUGAUGAUGGAUUGAAAGAUACAUUAGUCACGAAAGGGGCUGCAAAAAAAGAUGUCCAUAAAAAGAAAAAGAAAAAUGGGAAAAGUACAACGGCAGCUACGAAAAAGACAGAUGUUAAGGAUGAGGAAAAAGUGGAAAAGGUGCGAUUUCAGGUUCCACCAAAGGUUCAACUUCCACUUUCCAAAAGUUCUGUGCAGGUUGAUGAAGACCUUACCGUUACUCCGAACAACAAAACUCAGUCUGUCAAUGUCAUUUCUACGGCAGAGAUCAAUAGCAUAGUCUCAUCUGCAACAACUACAUCCAACGGCGAGUUGAAAUUAAAUUCAUUAGUGGUUACGGACACAAUUUUAGGUUAUGGAAGUCAUGGUACUAUUGUAUAUAAAGGAUCUUUCGAAGGUCGAGAUGUUGCAGUGAAACGUUUACUGUUGGAUUUUUACGAAAUCGCACACCACGAAGUUUCAUUGCUUCAAGAAAGCGAUGAUCAUCCAAAUGUCAUCCGAUAUUAUUGUAAAGAACAAUGUGAUCGAUUCUUAUAUAUUGCUCUCGAACUUUGUCCCGCAUCACUGUAUGAUUUAAUUGAGAGAGGCUCGACGUUUCAACAUGCGAAUCUCCUGUCAUCACUUCAUCCAUCAAAAAUUCUUUAUCAAAUUAUUUCAGGUCUGCAUCAUUUGCAUUUAAUGAAGAUUGUUCACCGAGAUAUCAAACCCCAAAAUAUUCUUCUAGCACCUUCGAAACACCACAAAUUUACCAAAAAGGAUGGGGUCUUGCAUGAGAUUAAGUCUGUUAGAGUGUUAAUAUCUGAUUUUGGCUUGUGCAAAAAAUUGGAAGGGGAAUCAAGCAGUUUUCACAAUACUACAAACAAUGCGGGAGGAACGAUUGGUUGGCGGGCACCAGAAUUAUUGUCACCGCUAUUACCUCCGACGCCUGAUGGUGUAAACAAUAAUACGGAAGAGGUUUGGACUUCGGUGGAUCGAUUAAAUGAUAAUUCUUUCACAUCCUCUUCGUCCACUAGUUCCGAACAUGACGGUGACCAACCACGUAGAGUUACCAAAGCGAUUGAUAUCUUUUCUGCUGGUUGUUUAUUCUACUAUGUAUUAUCUGGGGGCGAUCAUCCAUUUGGAGAUCGUUAUUCAAGAGAAGUUAACAUUCUGAAGGGGGUUUACGAUUUAAAUAAGUUGGAUGGAAUAGGCGAGGAUGGUGUCGAGGCUCGAGACCUAAUAGAGAGAAUGAUCGAACGCGAUCCAAAGAAGAGACCAAGAGCCGAAACAGUGAUGAUUCAUCCCUAUUUCUGGUCACCUUCAAAACGUCUUGGAUUUUUACAAGAUGCUUCAGACAGAUUUGAAAUUGAAGAAAGAAAUCCACCAUCUCCACUACUUCAGCGAUUAGAACAAAAUGCAAUUCAAAUCAUAGGAACUGAUUGGUAUAAGCAAAUUGAUAAAGUUUUGGUGGAAAAUUUAGGGAGAUAUCGAAAGUAUGAUGGAUCUCGAAUAAGAGACCUAUUAAGGGCUCUUAGAAAUAAGAAACAUCAUUACCAAGAUCUACCGGACCAUGUCAAGAAAUCUUUGGGCGAAGUACCCGAGGGAUUUCUAUUUUAUUUUACUUCGAGAUUUUCGAAACUUAUGUUGCACGUGUAUUACGUGAUUGCUGAGUCAGAGUCAAUCAGGAACGAGAAUAUGUUUAAGCAUUAUUUCGAGAUUCCCGGAUUGGAUUAA